AUGGCUAUUGCUUUGUACUUUUUGUACAGAUAUCUGAGAAACACACUUAAUCAAUGCGACCCUUCCAUGACAUAUCAAAUCAUGUUAACUGCAUUAGUAUUGUCUAACAAGUCGUUCGAUGAUCAAAGUUAUACUUUGAAAACAUGGUCAAACUUAUUGGAUAUGGAUUUAUCAAUAUUGAAUCAAUUGGAAGCACAUUUCUUGAAUGUCACGAACUUUAGCUUACCAUUCAACAAGAUUGACGAGGAAUUUUACCAUACUUUUGGUUCUGAUGACCAGUUUAGAGAAUUUGUGAGAUCCUUAUUAUCUCCAAAAGAAGAGAUUACAACUCCAGAAGUCGCUCAACCACUGACUAUAAGUCCUCUGUUGUACCAGCCUAUGAUGAAGGCCCCAGUUUCAUUUCCUCAUCAAGUGACAAAUCUUUUCACCCCUGGUUCAUCAUUUGCUACUCCUUCCUCAACAGUCACAGGCUCGAGCGAAUCUAAUGAUGAACCAGAAGUGAAGAAUAGUAAACCAACGGACACUGUUUCACUACAGAACUCCGAGUCUUCCAUAGAUCUUAAAUGGGUGACAGCUUUCAAAGAUCCAAUAAUACGAUCGAUGUUGAGAUCAGAUGCAUUACAAAUCCAUUUGGUGACUAUUAUGAAAAUUCUAAAGGAGCCACAAUUCACCAAUUCUACUAAUCUGGAGGAAACUAAAGAAGUUGCCCUUUUAAAACUCACUAAUUUACGUCACCCAAAUGGUAUAGAAGCCAAUGAAAUUGUUGAAGAAUUUAUAAACAGAUUAUUACUGCUUAUAUAG